AACACCAAUUUCAUCUCUUCACCCAGACAGUAAGAAGAUAUGAAAGCAAUUGUGUACCACGGCAAGAAUGAUUUGCGAUUCCACAGUGACUACAUUGAACCUCAAGUACAGCAUCCAGAAGAUGUGAAGAUUAAGGUGUACUACUGUGGGAUUUGUGGGUCUGACUUGAAAGAGUAUACCAGCGGACCCUUCUUUUUCAAUAAACCUGGAACCACCAACCCCAUUUCCAACUUGCAGUUCCCGAUGGUAUUGGGCCACGAGAUGAGUGGUGAAGUGAUCUCUGUUGGAUUUGGUGUUACUCUGUUGAAGGUUGGUGAUAAGGUGGUGGUGGAGGUAACAGGAACUUGUAAAGAUAAACAUCGGUUUGAAGAGUCGCCUGCGAAGGACAAGCCCGAGUGUGGUGCUUGUGAAGAUGGUCACUAUAAUGCUUGUGACAACUUGGCAUUGACGGGAUUAGGGUUUAGUGAUGGAGGUUGUGCUGAGUAUGUUGUCACCACUCAAUCGAAGUUGAUUAAGUUUGACGAAAAAAAGAUCCCUAUGGAUAUUGCUGCAUUGGUACAGCCUUUGGCAGUUUCAUGGCACGCCGUGAAGGUGUCUCGGUUGGAAGAGGGACAAUCAGCAUUGAUCUUGGGAGGAGGUCCCAUUGGUUUGACCACUAUUUUUGCUUUAAAAGGUCAUAAGGCAAGUAAGAUUGUGGUCAGUGAGCCAGCUCUUGCCAGAAGGCUAUUGGCAGAAAAAUUGGAUGUGAUGACUUUUGAUCCUACUGGAAAAUCCGUGGAAGACUGUGUUAAGGAAUUGCGGGCUUUGUCUCCAGGAAAUCAUGGAUUCCAUCACACUUUUGACUGUAGCGGAAUAAGUUCGACCUUUGAAACCAGUAUCAAAUGUCUUCGAAUCAGAGGUACCGCCACCAACGUGGCGGUGUGGGCGAAGAAAUACAUCCAGUAUUCGCCAAUGGAUACUACCUUGAGCGAGAAAAUCGUCACUGGGUCCAUUUGUUUUGUCAAGUCUGAUUUCGAAGCUGUAGUUAAUUGUAUUGAAGCGGGUGAUAUCGAUGUCAAUGAACUCAGGUUGAUGAUUACAGAUAAAAUAUUGCUCGAUAAUGGGGUCAAAGAAGGAUUCGACGAGUUGUUGAGCAACAAAGAGAAACAUAUCAAGAUGCUUUUUACUGCUUAUAGAGAGCUUCUCUAGGAACAUUGUAAAUAAGCCAUAUUAAAUAUAAAAACUACUACUACUACUUUUCACAUCCAGGAUCAACCCUUCUUUUUGGCAAACGUGUAGACAGUGGCCCACACAACGGUGAACUCGAAGUCAUCGUCCCAGCCAAGUGUCAGUGCCAACUUAUCAAUGAACUGAUCCGCAACAUCUUUCUUAUCUGGAUAAGCCUUCAUCCAGUUAUGAUAGGCACUCCAGCUGGUAACAUACUCCUUGAAAAUCGCAAGGUUGAUUCGUUUAGCGAUAUACAAAGUGUUUGGAGUCUUGUCUCUCAAAGGCUCGUACUCAACUCUAGUAAUAUCAGUGUACAAGUCUUCGGGAACAUCAAUUUCUUUCAUCAAUGUUCUAAGCAAGGCCCUCCCUGGCUGCUCAUAUUGAGGUCCCAUAUAUUCUGGAGACUCAUAGCAAAAUUCGUCAUAAAUAUCAUUAGCAGCUGGGAAAUCAACAAAAAUCGGGUCUUUGUAGAACCAAAACGCCAAAGUUCCACCUGGUUUUAGAAUCCUCCAACUUUCCUUGAAGAAAACUGGGUGAUCAACCCAGUGACAACAUUCAGCACCUGUAAGUAAGUCUACCGAGUUUUCUUUGAUCACAGAGGGAGUUUCCUCUGCCGCACCAACAUAAAACUCGAGUUUAUCACUUUUUUGAGUACGGGGAUCAGCUCUACACUGUUCGACCAUCACUUCACUAAUAUCAGUACCAAUAACCUUUUUGAAAUACUUUGUCAACGCAAAGGUAACAAACCCUGACCCACAUCCAAUGUCAACUGCUAAGUCACGAGAGGAUCCAUGAUAGUCCAUCAAUGUUUCGUAAAAAGCAGGAGGAUAAGAGGGUCUAGCAUCAUUGUAGUGUUUAGUGUUGAAGUCUUUCUUAGAAUAUGUGGCCAUUGUGAGUAAUAAACGGAGCCAAUUGAAGAAACUAU